UCUCUAUCCUAGUGGUGUCGGAAACAAUGAAGAGCGCAGGUGACGUAACCUCCUAAAUUUCUCGAGCUUGGAUCCAUAUCCUUACACUUCAAUUCGAGAACAGGUACCACUGGGGCUUUCUGGUCGGGCCUAAAGUCGAAGGCGAACACCCCGUCAGAGGCAUGCACUACCACGUCAAAAACCCUGUGGCCCUCGGCUGGGUAUACGAGGAGGUUGAGUUACCCGAUGUACGCAACACAAACAACCUACUCGUUCGCGUUCUCGUCGCCAAGAUUAUAGAUGAGGAACGUCUGGCAAAUAUAUUCCGAGAGGUGCCUGUUGUGCAAGAUGACCCUGAUUGGAGGGGUCGCACCUGGGUCGCAAAUGCGUUGAGAGCGUUAAGGGAGGACGGUAGAGCCGUGGGUAGAGCAGUACUAGAUUGGGGAGAGAUUGAAACUGUCGCGAGGCAGUAUGCGGGGGAAAAGACGGAGGGUGGUCGCUUUAGAGACGUUACACUGACUGACUUGCCGAGGCCUACGUGGGAUAUGUUGGAAGGCAGGGAGAUUGUGCCUUAGGACGAAUCAGAGUAAGUUCGGAAUGAUGGCUGAAGGCAGGCUGAGAGCUGUUAGACAAAUGGACCUAACAAUCAUGCUGUCAUCUCCGAGCAAUGAGACAAAAGAGUCAAGCGGGUAUUUAAAACAACAGGGAAUUCAGAGUCGGUAUGAAUACCUCUAGAACUCUCCCCACCAUCUCUGCCUAGUCCUCUCCAUCCUCAAU